GAAAAUUGUAGUACGCACGCAACCAAUUCAAUCUCUCGAAUGCAAGCUGCCAUAGAUUAUCACAAAUCUUAUCGAUAUCAAUUAUGUGGUCCAGUAAGGAUUUGCAAAGUGGUAUUCUAUUUUUGGUACUAUUCAAUACCAAUCGUGGCAUUCUACGAUCGUGUGCAUAAUCAGGCUCGCAGCAGAUUUGUUGUUCGGCAAGGCUCCGGUAUCUCAACCUCAUUUUUUCGUUUCUGAACAAUACCUGUCAAAUUCUUCAGACGAUAGAAAGCUUACACCUUCAGUUUGGGCAAUUUCACGACUUCUAUGCUCUUUAGAGACAAUACAUCAUACUAUCAUCAUCGUUUCAUUUCACACCAGAGCUCUUCCGCAACCGAAUACGCUACUGAGACCGAUUGGGUAUACGCUCAAUAUCUAUUGACAGAAAGGCUCAGCUUCUCCAUAGGUUCUUUAGAUCAUGAAAUUCUUCAGGCGCAACAAGCCGAUUAAUGACGCUGGCUCUGCCUCUGUUUCUAAGCCACGAACACUAAAGAGCGGACUUCGAAGCUAUCUAUCGAAGAAAGACCAAAAACCUCAGCCAAAUGUGGGGUCCAUACCCUCCGCUACCAAGGACAGCCCGGCUCAGGGCACGCCCCACAAAUCGAAUUCCCAAUCUGCUACUAUUCCUAGUCACCAUCUACCGAGUGUUCACGAAGAGGAGAAUAUCAAGUCACUUUGGGACUGUGCAUAUGACGCCGUCAAGAAAGAGAACCCGGAGUUGGUGACGAAGUACGAGAAACUGCUCUCAACAGAGCUACUGGAGAAAGAUUCCGAGCCGGAUGAAGAUCCUCUGAAGCAAGCCAAGAAAACCUUAGACGAGACCGACAAUAUCAUCGACUCUAAGCUGCUUAAUCGCCGAGCGCAGUUGAAAGCUAUAAUUACAUGUGGCCAGCAACGAAUGGAUGCUAGAAAAACGGGCUUGCAAGACACGAUUGCGCAUGGUGUAGAAUUCGUGCUAUGGGGAAAAGAUUUGAUUGGUGAAGCCGUCAAGGCAUCCCCCGAAGCUUCCGUAGCUUGGGCAGGUGUCUGUAUUAUUCUCCCUCUCCUCACGAAUGCCAGCACUGCAGAUAAAGCAAACCGUGAUGGAUUCGCAUAUGUCACAACACGAAUGAACUAUUACGUUGCGCUUGAACCUCUACUGUUACAAGUCAGUCAUGACUCUGCUAGUGUCACGGUCAACCAAAAUCUAGUGCUCGAAAUUAAGAAGCACAUUAUUGAGCUAUAUCAACACAUCCUUGAUUUCCAAUUUCGAAGUGUUCUGCGAUUUUAUCGCAGCCAUUACAAAAACUUUGGGCGAGAUUCGAUUCAACACGAGAACUGGUCUGAUAUGAAGACCGCCAUCAUUGGUCUCGACAAGAAUGUAUGCAAAGAUUUAGGGCAGAUGAACGCGCUAGCGUCGACACAAGAGUUGGAAAAUCUCAGUAUGAAAGCACACGAAUCACUCUUGAGUAUGCAGCAGCUUCUAUCUAUCGCAGAGGAGCAGCUUGUGGUCACCAAAGAAAAUAGGGACAUUUUAUUAAAACAACUCCAGACGCAGGAAAACUUCGCCAAAAAGAAGUCCACACAGGAGGAGGAAAAAUGUCACCAGGUAUUCCGCUUGACAAAAGACAACAAGGACGAGAGCUAUGAAUGGUACAAGAAUCGUGUAGAAGAUCGAGUAGAAGGCACCUGUCAGUGGUUCCUAAAUCACGAGCAUUUCAAAGCAUGGUUGAAACAAGAUUCAGGGCCUUUACUGGUCACCGCGGAUCCCGGCUGUGGAAAGUCUGUCUUAGCUAAAUAUCUGAUAGACGAUGGAUUACCUAAAUUAUCAUCAGCAACUACUAUUUGCUACUUCUUCUUCAAGGACCAGGAUCAAGACACCGUCAAACAAGCGCUUUGCGCACUGUUACACCAACUCUUCUCGCAUAAGCCUUCCCUGAUUCGACAUGCUAUGCCGGAGUUUCGCGACAACGGACCAAGCUUAGCAGGUAUUACAGAAUUGCUAUGGAAAAUCUUGGAAAAAGCUGGAGCCGAUCCCGAGGCUGGACCUGUGAUUUUCGUUUUGGACGCUUUGGAUGAAUGUGAAGGAAAGCAAUUCGACGUCCUGGUUUCGAUGUUAAACCGCCACAUUCAAAAAGACAAGAAAGAAAUUGGCAAAAUGAAGUUCCUGUUGACUUGUCGCCCUUACGACUCGCUUACAUCCCAGUUUCAUGGGCCCGUUAAUAUUUUUCGUAUACCGGGAGAAGAAGAUUCAGAGAGUAUCGGCAAGGAAGUUAGUUCUGUGAUCAUACAUCGAGUUAACCAGUUGGGGGAGGAGAAAAAGCUUGAACCACACAUCAAGGCCCAUCUUCAAGAGGAAUUGCUCAAGAUCACCCACCGCACCUAUCUCUGGGUUUACCUUGUAUUCGAUCAUCUUGAGUCAAUUACCUUUAAGAAAACUAAUAAAGGUGUAGAUGUCGCAAUCAAAGCCUUGCCAAAAAGUGUUAAUCAAGCAUACGAGAAGAUACUUAGCAAGUCUGAGAAUUAUCUGAUGGUUCGAAAGGCUUUGUGUAUAGUCUUAGCAGCCCAUCGGCCUCUAACUUUAGCGGAAAUGAAUAUUGCCCUCAACAUAGAUACUGUAUCAAGACCUAUAGAAUAUCCAGACCUGGAAACAGACGAGACCUUCAAAAGGACUCUAAGGAAUUGGUGUGGAUUGUUCAUCUCAAUACACCAUAACAAAGUUUACUUUCUUCACCAAACUGCUCGGGAGUUUCUCCUUUCGGAAUUAUCAUCACUAGCGAAGAUUCAAACGGAGGGUUCAUCUUGGCAAGGCUCUAUAAGUACCCAAGAAUCACAUUCAGUUCUCGCGACAAGCUGUAUACGGUAUCUUGAAUUAUUUAAUCAUGAGACCGUAGUUUCACUAGAUGAAGACGAGAGUACCUCUCUACACAUGGAUAGGGAUAUAUUCCUCGAUUAUUCAGCCGAAAAUUGGGCACAUCACUUCCGCGAAGCUCGUACUAGUAGUGAUGAGAAAAUAGUAAAUUCAGUAUUCCAAAUUUGUGGUCCGGAUUCAAAGAGUUGCUUGAUUUGGAGCAAGAUUUAUUGGAGUAGUAGAUAUUAUGAUUAUACCGAAUGUCAUACUACAAUAAUAAUAGCGUCGUAUUUUGGGUUAAACGAGAUUGUGAAAUUGCUACUUGAAAGAGGUGCUGAUAUCGAAUCCAAGGAUAGCAAAUAUGGUCAAACACCACUAUUAUGGGCUGCUGAGAAUGGGCACGAUACAGUUGUGAAAUUGCUACUCGAAAAAGGUGCUGAUAUCGAAUCGAAGGAUAGCGAUUAUGGUCAAACACCACUGUCAUGGGCUACUAAGGAUGGGCGCGAUGCGGUUGUGAAAUUGCUACUCGAAAAAGGUGCUGAUAUCGAAUCGAAGGAUAGCGAAUAUGGUCGAACACCACUGUUAUGGGCUGCUAAGAAUGGGCACGAUACAGUUGUGAAAUUGCUACUCGAAAAAGGUGCUGAUAUCGAGUCGAAGGAUAGAAAUGGUCAAACACCACUGUUAUUGGCUGCUAUAAAUGGGCACGAUGCGGUUGUGAAACUGCUACUUGAAAAAGAUGCUGAUAUCGAAUCGAAGGAUAGUAGAUAUGGUCGAACACCACUAUCUUGGGCUGCUGGGAAUGGGCACGAUGCGGUUGUGAAAUUGCUACUCGAAAAAGGUGCUGAUAUCGAGUCGAAGGAUAGAAAUGGUCAAACACCACUGUUAUUGGCUGCUAUAAAUGGGCACGAUGCGGUUGUGAAACUGCUACUUGAAAAAGAUGCUGAUAUCGAAUCGAAGGAUAGUAGAUAUGGUCGAACACCACUGUUAUGGGCUGCUAAGAAUGGGCACGAUACAGUUGUGAAAUUGCUACUCGAAAAAGGUGCUGAUAUCGAAUCGAAGGAUAGAAAUGGUCAAACACCACUGUUAUUGGCUGCUAUAAAUGGGCACGAUGCGGUUGUGAAACUGCUACUUGAAAAAGAUGCUGAUAUCGAAUCGAAGGAUAGUAGAUAUGGUCGAACACCACUAUCUUGGGCUGCUGGGAAUGGGCACGAUACAGUUGUGAAAUUGCUUGAGCAAGUGCAAGUUUUACUAUUGUGAAAUGAUCGCCGACAGAAGAAGGAGCUAGUAUCAACAAGGUAUAUAAGUUCCAAUGGAAUCGAGAUUCAUGCCCAAUAGGGGCAUGGUAGUUUAGUGGUAUAGCUCUCUAUCAUUAUUUUAUAUACCAUUUCUCCGACUUUUCUACUUAUUCUCUAACUAACUAUUAAGUGUCUGAAGCAGAAUGAAAGAUUCUGUAUAUUUGUUAUAAGAUAUGUUGUAAUAUUGAUAUCAUAUAAUGAGCUUAGCUCA